AGGUAUAGGAACAUCAUUCUAUCAUUCUACAGAACAUACCCUAUUCUGUAGAAGCUGAGGAAGGUCCCAGGCAUUCUUAUGUUCCUUGCCACAUUGGUUGACAUUCCAAUUUCCCUUUUUGAGAAAUAUCAACAUGAGAUGUUUCUAUCUUCAUGUCAAAUUCAUUAUAUCCUCACAUAACAUUAAUUCAAACCCCAACACAAAAAGAACCUCACCACCCCCAAAAUCAUCCGGAUGCCAGCACUGUUGAGUUUGGACAAAGGAUCUGUCCUGGGUUCUAGACAGCGAAUAUCUCAUUUUUAUACUCCAGUGACAGAAGGCAAGAGAGUUCUCCAGGAUUCUCUUCAUAUGGGCAUUAAUCUAUGAGACUCUACCUCAUUAUGUCAAAGGCCCAGCCUUCAAGAACAACUCUAGUGGAAGAUUUAAACAUGGUAAUGGGGGUGUGUUUUGCCACACAUCUAUUACAGACAGGGCUGAGACUAUAAUACAGAAAAAUUGCACUCAUCAUUUAAGCUUUAGCCCAGAUACCGACUCGAUCAUUCAUUGGCUGCCAGGUACAACUAAUGAUUCUUUUCAGGGCCAAAUGACAGUGCUAAACCUAUCUUCAAAGAACUUAAGUUAUUCUUGACUUCUUGGUCAUGCCCAAUCAGAACAAAAUGCAAUUAGCUCUGUUCUUCGUACUUCGUAGGUCAGUAAAGUCUCACCUACACAGAAUACAGAUCACUGUGGUUUAGGGAUGCUUGGACUUUGUGGCCUUUAUCUCACUUUCGUGCCACAAUCUGCCACCCAGUGCACAGAAGAGUUGAUCUGUUUCUUUGGCGACUUUAUCCGCCCCUCAGUGUUCCGGGAAGUUUUGCCACUAUUUGACUGCGUUUCAGCACUGACCUAGACCUUUGGAGUUAGCACGCCUGGCUUUCCAGGAGGCAAGGCGUCAAGUACAAGCCCUGCGGCGCCCUCCUGGUGUCACCAAAGUUUGUCGGCAUCCCAAUCCACCGAGGAUCCUAACACAAGGGUGACACGUGAGGUGGCACAGCAGCCGUUUUUUUUUCAAGGUGCUAGUGCGCAGGCGCAUGUGGUAAUGGGAUAAAGGAUACGCCUGUGGGUCUAGUUUGGACUGAACACCGGAUGCAAAGAGGGACUUCGGCUGAGGCUGCCCGAGCCACACACUGCGCAGGCGCGCGGACACCUUCGUGAGCGGCGCAGGCGCGCGAGUGACGUCACGGCGAGCGUCCGGAGGCCCGGUGGUGCGGGAGUCCGGCGCUCGGGGCUGCGGGUCCUGGAGAUUGUGCAGGGUCUCCGACGCCAUGUUCGGCUCCAGCCGCGGCGGCGUGCGUGGCGGGCAGGACCAGUUCAACUGGGAGGACGUGAAGACCGACAAGCAGAGGGAGAACUACCUAGGCAACUCGCUGAUGGCGCCAGUGGGCCGCUGGCAGAAGGGCCGCGACCUCACCUGGUACGCGAAGGACCGUGCGCCGUGUGCCGGCCCGAGCCGUGAGGAAGAGCUGGCGGCUGUGCGCGAGGCGGAGCGCGAGGCGCUGCUGGCCGCACUGACUUCGUGGAGAUCUGCAAACGGGAAGGAGGCGACCCUGAGGAGAAGGGCGUGGACCGGCUGCUGGGCCUGGGCAGUGCCAGGUGCGGCGGGUUGGGGAGAAGCAGGCAGGACUGGGUGGUGGUCCAGAACUGUCCUCAAUGCUCUGUCUUCUGCAGUGGCUCCGCAGGCCGUGUGGCACUAUCCCGGGAAGACAAAGAGGCUGCCAAGCUUGGGCUGUCAGUGUUCACGCACCACCGCGUGGACAGCGAAGGCCCAAGCACAGCCCCAUCUGCUGCCAGAAAGAAGCCCCGUGCUGAGGACAAGGCCGAAUUGGAUACAGAGAGCUCUAAGAAAAGUAAGAAAGAAAAGAAACACAAGAAGAAGAAACACAAGAAACACAAGAAGAAGAAAGACAAAGAAUACAAAAGGGAGACUGACAGCUGCCCAUCAUCUCCCUCCCCUGCUCGGCCCAGACACCAGAGACAUGAUUCUGACUUCUCCCCCUGCUCUAAGAGGAAGCGGGGACAUAGCCAGGACAGUGGAAGGAGCCCAUCCCGCAAACGACAAGACAGAGGCUUUGAUGACUGAGAAUGUGGCUAGACCAAAGGACACCAGAAGCCCUGGUUGCCCUGAGCUGAGACCCUGCCCACCACCAAGCUUUGUGGGGUCUAUAAAGAGUAGUCACUGGAUGCCAAGUGACUACCAGCCCCCUCCCUACUUGCUCAAACUAACCAUUCCCAUCCCUGUCUGGGAUAAUGCAGGUGGUAGGAUUCUGAACCAAGCUUGUUGGACCUUGGGAUCUAUUUCGCCAUUUGGAGGCAACUUAUGUGGCAACCACUCCAGGCAGCUGAGGAAUGGGGUCCUAGGUGACCAGAGACUAGUGGUUCUGUGAAGGUAGUGCCCUUGUCUUGCCCCCAUGCCAAGGAAGAUAUAGUUGCCCAGAAGCCUAAGGCCAGACUCCUGUUUCUGCUGCCACAGUACAGGCCCUUGAGGUUUAGGGGUGUGUGUGUGUAUGGAUAUCUGGUUACUUCUACUUUUUGUAUCAACCCACUUUGUACGUAAGUAAAUGUAUUUUAAAAGUAGAGUGUAUCAUCUCACUGAGGGCAGGUUAGGCUGGGAUCCUGUGGCCCCAGCAUGGGGCAUCCAUCCAGUAUACCUGAAGGCAGGGUCUAGGGACCAGAAUCCUAUCCUUGAGGCUGCCUUAAGACCAUACAAAUGACCAAGGAGUUGGAAGAACACUUUUGUGGAUAUGAAUGAAUGCACCUGCUGUCUGCACAAGAGGUCCAGUCUGGUUCCUACCUAGGCAGAAGCAGUGGGUUCAGCAGACAAAUAAUAGCAAUUUUAGGGCCUGUAUGCAUGCAUGGGCAGACAGUAGAAAUCAAGCUAGACUCUCUCUAUAUAUAGCAAGUUGUUCUCUUCUGAUUGUAAAACAGUAUCUGCUGGGUGGGGAUACUUCCUGAGACUCAAGCUGUGGCUUGUACAUUGACCUGUGCCCUUCAGGUGGCCACCUAAGCAUGAGUGAAGAUUAGUUAUCUAAAACACCACCUCAAGGGAGUGAAGGUCUGUCCACUUAGGCAGGGGCCCACUCAGGACUUUGGAUCUCCUAGUGGCCACAUCCACCCAGAGACAUGUACAAUCCCAAGGCUGGCCACCUACUGAAAGGAUAGGAGGCAUACCUCAGUUGUCACAAAAGCACCAAGGCUGGUAGUGACCCUGAGACGUGAGGGGAGCCAACAAGACACCCAGGUCUCACCGACUUCUACCAGGGCUUGGAGGGUACCUGUUUUCUCUUGAAUUAAAAGGGCUCUCUUAGGAGGCAGCCUGGCAGUGGUGACACUAACACACAAGCCCAUCAAAUAGUUAAGAGACUUUAUUCUAAUAGCUAUAAUUACAGUGCUUGUCGAAAUGAAAACUGAAAACAAGUAUACAAAACAGUUGAUUACUAAUUGUGUAUUGAAAGCAGUAAGAGGUUCCACGACACCAAAUAAACCAGUUCUGAGAUUUCCCCAAGAUAAAUUUAACAGCUCCAGCUUCUUCAGUGUUUAUCAAAAUACAAAAGAAAAAAGUAGAGGUCGUCUUUCGAUGGCAAAUCGGACCCUUGCAGGCUGAGGGAGAAAGCUACUUCACACAUGGAGAUGGGGGUGCUCCAGGAUGUGGGUCUGGAAUGGAUCGACCCUCCCAGCUUGCACACGCUCCUGCUGGUGAGACCCAGGCCUCCUGCCAGCGCGUCCAAGUGGGCCCAAGAGUAAGCUGGGUAUGUAGGCUGCCAUCUGGCCCGGCCACACACCAAAUACAAGCCGGGCCCUGCACCGCACAAUGGCUCCCAGCCCACCCCUAGGUGACCAUGUGAGCACAAGUACAAGCACAAUGCUAUGGAAUGCAGGUGACCCAAAGACAGGCGAGUCACGGGGGCUCUACUGUGACCAUGCAGCGGAUGGUGGUUUGUCACCUUCUCUCCUGUCCCCACGGGAACAGGUGAUCCGAUGGACUAGCAUUCAGGCCAUUACUGCAAAACCUACACUAGGCAUAGUCUCCGUUCUGUGUGUUCAAGUGUUCUUGUCCUGUAUUUUUAACUAUUUUAAAAAAUGCACUGAGUUUGGGUUAAAAACCAACCACCAAAUGGAUACUGACACCAGUCUACAGCCCAAUGGCUCCCGGAGGCCAGGUGCCCCUACACCCAAAUCCCUUCUCAGUACUGACAGUGAGUUGAUUCUCUUUU